ACAAGCUUGUCAAAGAACCGACUUCUUCUUCCUCGACAAUGGCUCUUCUUCUGAAGCGCUUUGCCAGAACUGCUCCUGUGGCUCUUAGAUCAAGGGCUCAAUCCAAUUUGAGCUCCAUGGCUUCUUCUCCUUCCUUUCACACAACCUCUGAGGAGUUAUGGAAAAAAAGCAAGGCCCAUUUUGGAGCCAUUUCUGCAAUUUCAGGUGGUCUGGCGUACUUGUACUUGUUCUCUGAUGAUAAGGUUCAGCUAGACUCACAACCAGAAGAUUCUGCUCGAAGUGGAGCACUCAACCCAGAGAAGUGGAUUCAAUUCAAGUUGCUAGAAAAGGCAAAAGUUAGCCCUAACACCCAUUUAUUUAGGUUUUCCUUCGACCAUAGUUUAAGUUUAGGCCUUCGUGUUGCUUCAUGCAUCCUUACAAGAGCUCCAUUUGGCAAAGACAGUGAAGGAAAGACGAAAUAUGUUAUCCGCCCGUACACCCCCAUUUCAGAUCCUGAUUCCAAGGGUUACUUUGACUUAAUGGUAAAGGUUUACCCAGAAGGCAAAAUGAGCCAGUAUUUAGCAAGUUUAAAACCCGGUGAUGUUGUAGAAGUUAAAGGACCAAUUGAAAAGCUCCGAUACCAUCCAAACAUGAAGAAAAGGAUUGGCAUGAUUGCAGGUGGUACAGGAAUUACGCCAAUGCUACAGGUCAUUGAAGCUAUUUUGAAGAAUCCUGAUGACAACACCCAGAUAUCAUUGCUCUAUGCAAAUAUUUCUCCUGAUGAUAUACUGCUCAAAGAAAAGCUUGACAUGCUUUCAGCCAACCAUCCAAAUCUGAAGAUAUUUUACACAGUGGAUAAACCAUCUCAGAAUUGGAGAGGUGGUGCUGGUUAUAUAUCAAACGACAUGAUCAUAAAAGGAUUGCCUGUACCUAGUGAUGACACACUCAUACUUGUGUGUGGCCCUCCAGGAAUGAUGAAACACAUAUCCGGAGAUAAGGCCAAGGACCGAUCACAGGGGGAGCUCUCCGGCCUCCUAAAGGAAGUUGGAUACACGGAAGAAAUGGUAUAUAAAUUUUGACAACAGGCCAUCGAAGUACCAAAUUUUCUUCGUCAAAGGUGUCAAGAGAACAGGAAAAUCAGUUAUUUUAUGUAAUCCUCAUAGUGGGGUUUUUGUUUUAAGACAAUAGUUUAAUUUUAGAACCUGCAUGGCUGCUUACCAACAAAAGCAAAAGCAAAAGCAAAAGAGUGGUUCCAUAUAAUCUUUGAGAGAAUAAACAGAAGUUUGUUGCAUUGUUCCUUCAUAAUUCAUGAGAGAUUCAACUGAACUAACAAUGUUCAUAGAACACAAUUUUAAUAAAUCAAGACUCUGAUAUGUUCUGUUA